AUGAGUCAACUGAAGCUGCCACCAUACCAGAAGCGCAAAACGUCUACUAGCCGGCCAACAACGUUGGCCGUGGUGGGCAUCGGUUCCUUAUCUUCAGGAGGUUCUAGCCCGGGAAGGAAAAUUUCCUUAGGGUAUGGCAUCCAAAGCACAUCUGACUGUCCUCUCCUGCCAGACGGAUUUCAACCAUUGCAUUGUCAAGUAGCAGGGCACGCAUUCCAUAAAGGAACAGAUUCCUUGGGAUUGUUGAAAAGCGUGGACGAUGGUGCUGUCAUGAAGCCAGCUGCAAAACUACUAGCGGGUACGCGUGAAAUAAAGUUCUACGAACAGAUAAAUGGUUCAUCGGGCGAAGUGUCGAAGGAACUGUUGUUACUGCGUGAAAUAACACCAGAAUACAGGGGUAACCAAAAGUUAGUGGUCAACGGUGAGCUAAUCGAUUUUUUGAAGCUGGAGGACCUCACCCAGGGCAUGCUGGAACCGUGCAUUAUGGAUAUCAAAAUUGGACGUCGUUCCUGGGAUCCAAUGGCAACGGAGGAGAAGCGUCGAUACGAAAUGUCCAAGUAUAUCGAAACAAGGGAAGCGUACGGAUUCUGCAUACCCGGAUUUCAGUUUUAUUCCCUGCAGAAUGGGCGCCUACAGCGCUAUGGCAAAGAGUACGGCAAGAAGUUGAACGAGGUAACGGUGCGUGAUGCAAUGCGCAAGUUUCUCAACGCCGACGUUGGAUUUUGUCGCCAGCUGUUAAUACAGUUUCUCACCGAUUUGUGGAACAUACAGAAGUGGGCCCGUACGCAAACAUCCGUUCGACUGUACGCCAGCUCGGUACUACUCGUUUACGAUGCACGUCGAUUGAAACCAGUACUUCAACACGCUUCUAAAAAAUCACCACGAACCCCCACAAUGUCUCCUAUUAGCCCAGCUGCAACUCCUUCGCGAUCCAGUAGCAAAAGUACCACACCAACGACUCCGACCUUCUACACCACUUCUAUCAACGAGCUUGGAGACGUGGAACCAUUGCAGCACUAUUUUAAGAUCCAACGCAGUCAUUCCGUCAAUCACAACUACGAGCAAGAAAUCAAAACAAUGAAGGAAAACUAUACCUUCAUGCUGGACAAUCUCGUCGGAUCGUACGAGGAAAAGGUUUGGGCCAAAGCACGGAUGAUCGACUUUGCGCACACAUUCCCUGUGCAGGGUACUGAAGAAAAGCCCACUAUCGAUCGGAACUACCUGGAGGGCAUCGAUAAUAUAGUGAAGCUGUUCGAGGGUUUUCUUAAAGAUUGUGAGACUCAAAAUUCUCUUUUACAGAGUGUUUCUUAA